CAGUAGCGCAGGAGACGCGGACACGUUUAAAAUAAAGCUUGAUAAGUUGCAAACAAACGUCACAAGGCGACGAACCAAGGCCCGAGAAAGGCCUAAAACAACAUGUGAACUCUAUUCGCACUCCCAUCCGAGCAAAGUGCGCGCUUGCACGUUCUAGGGUGCCUGUGCGUGUGUUGGUGAAAUGGUGGACAGCGCGCGCCGAACGAUCGUCCACGGUACCUCGCCGUUUCGGCGAGGGAUGGCGUCGCGACUCGCGGAGAGGAACAGGAAGAAGGCCGGUCCGCAGCGUCUUCCGGGAGACUCGUGUUGACGUCGGGAGUGACGUCAGCGCCCGGACGUUUCUGCACUGAAGAUGGCGACGGGUUUAGGAGGUGUGAAUGGAUGUCCCGAUCCCGAUAUUGGAGAUUCUAGGAAGAGGCCCCUGGAUUCCGAGCUCGAUAUUGGGGCGACGAAAAGGUCCCACCAUGGCGGAGGCAAUGGGACGUUCCACUUCAAGAUUCUUGUACCCGCUGUGGCUGCCGGGGCCAUCAUCGGCAAAGGUGGUGAGACCAUUGCAUUGCUCCAAAAGGAAGCGGGAGCCCGGGUGAAAAUGUCCAAGUCGAACGACUUCUACCCAGGAACUACCGAGAGGGUGUGCCUCAUCACCGGGAGUGUCGAGGGCGUUCUACGCAUCCACGAAUUUAUCAUGGAGAAAAUUAAGGAGAAGCCCGACCCCACAGCCAAGAUUGCCAUAGACUUUGACCACAAGCAGCCAGCUGAGAGGGAAAAGCAGGUGAAGAUCCUGGUGCCCAACAGCACGGCGGGCAUGAUCAUCGGCAAGGGGGGCAGCUACAUCAAGCAGAUCAAGGAAGAGAGUGGUGCGUACGUGCAGAUCUCUCAGAAGUCCAAGGACCACGCCCUCGCCGAGCGCUGCAUCACCGUCAUUGGUGAGAUGGACAACAACAAGAAGGCCUGCCAGCUCAUCCUGGCCAAAAUCGUGGAGGACCCGCAGAGCGGCAGCUGCCUGCACGUAUCCUACGCUGAGGUGACCGGGCCCGUGGCCAACUUCAACCCAACGGGCUCGCCCUACGCCAAUCCAUCGAGCGUGCACUCCACAGUGAACAACUCGUCAGCCAGCUACAGCUCGAGCGGGAGCCUCAACAGCCUAAGCCCGACGGCAAACUUUAGCGGAGCCGCAGGCUCCAUGGUGCCAGCACCGUUUCCUGGUGCCAACGUGGCGCAACUUCUAGAGAAUGUCAAAGCGGUGCUGAGGAGCAACGGCUACACGGAGCAGGCAACGGCCGACAUUGCGACGGCCAUGGGUACCCUGGCGACGUAUGGUGUGCUGGGCUCCAGCCUCGGAGCACUCCUAGCGGGUGCCAAUGGGGCCAUGAUGGGACAAGGCCCACCGCAGCCACCGCCACCGCAGCAAGUCUACCCGACCUCGCCGAUGGACGCCACGCCACCAGUGGUUGCCAGCAGCUCGGGUAUCUUCGGCCCCGUCGGCAGCGGCGGCUUCGGGUCACCCCGCUCGGAGCGCUACCACAGCGACAUGGUGUUCGACCCAUUCCGGCGGAACUCGCCUGCGCUAGGCUCGCCUGGUGCGGCGGCCAACAACGGUGCCGGGGGAGGCAUGCCGGUCAACAACAACUCAUUCGGGCUGGGCACAGCACUGGUGCCGUCACAGGGGGCCAUGUGCAAGUCGCCGCCGCCACCCUCCGCGGCUGACAAGUGCUCGGACGCCGUCAAGCGAGACCUCGAGGUGGGGGAGAACAUUGUGGGGGCCAUCUUGGGACCGGGGGGGAAGUCACUGGUUGAGAUCCAGCGCUUCAGCGGCGCCGCCAUCCAGAUCUCCAAGAAGGGCACGUUCGCACCGGGCACGCGCAACCGCAUCGUCAGCAUCACAGGCACGCCAAAUGCCGUCUCCACGGCCCAGUAUCUGAUCGAGCAGCAGAUCGCUGAGGAGGAAGCCAAAAGGUCACAGCAGAAUGCUCUCGGGGUGCUGCGCUAGGGUGGAAGGUGUUUUUUUUUUCUUUCGGCUGACUCCCCAUCCCCCCCUUUCCCCUGCCCCUUCUUUACCGAGUGUGUUGCAAAAAAAAAUGUGAUGUUACAGUAGUGGAAUAAUAUAACAUACGGAUAUACAUAAUGUAUAUACAUAUACUACACGCAUGUCUGGGUGUGUACAGGUGCAGAAGUGUGGGCCAUUUCCACGUCGUCGGACUUGGGUGUGCGCGCGCGCCUUCGCUGGGUUUUUUCCUCUUAUCUCCUCGUUGUAGUGUGCCUUGGGAAAAAAAAGGUUCUCUUCUUCGACGGCCGCUGUGGAUUGUUGCCUCCCCCAUCCCGAGAACAAGCUGUAGCACCUAUGCAAAGCGCCCCUGCCUGCCGCCAAGCAAAGAUGGGCGCGAGACCUCCCCCUCCAACGGCGUGUCCAACCCCCUUUUUACCCCACACCCCCCAUCAAGAACACACGCGCGCCCCCGUCUUUUCGAGAGCUGCAGGGAGGCAGAGGGGGAGGGGGAGCGGAGGGGGUCGGUGCCUGCUCGGUCGGACUCUCGGGGAGGCGGCCUGCUGGAGCUGUAUCCCGCGUGCUCAUGUCUCAUAGCAUUAUUUAUUUUGAAAAAGCCCUGCUCUUCCCAACUGCGUGAGUGUGCGUGUGCGUGUGUGUGCGUAUGUUUGUGUGUGCAUCUGUGCGCCUACUUGAGAAAGGGCCUUGUUAAUGUUUUUUCAGUACCGGGGAGAGGGCUGCAGUUUGCAUUUUUUUUUUUCCCCACAGUGCAGCUGCGGACAAAGCCCUUUCCUCCUGGCAAUGCUUGUUUUUUUUUCUUUUUCUGUGCGUUUGAGGGCCGCCACCACCACCACCAUCCCCACCCACUUUUUUCCUCCACCUCCACUUUUUUAUUCUUUUCGCAACUUUUUAAAAGAAAAGCCGCUGCCGAUGCAGCGACGUCACCUGUUUGUUGGCCACAGUGUGUUUAGUGGCUCCACACUUUUUCUUCCUUUUCCUGUGCAUACGCAUCCUGAUGCGCGAGAGGAACUGUUUAAACAAAAGAAAAAGAUAUUCACAACACGGUGUGUGCGUGUGUGUGUCGCGGGCGUCCGCAAGGGAGAAGACGGAAAUACAUAUACCGCGGCCGUGCGGCCACCGCCGCUAGGUGCAAGUGCUUCUUCUGUUAGACGCGUUUUUUUCCAAUUUUUGCCAUGUGUUUUUGUUUUACUUGUUCCUAACACACAUAACAAGGGUUGCAUGGACAUUUUGCGAGCAUCUCUUCACAGUGUUAUUUUCGUUAAUUCUUUGUCCCUCCCCCCCUCUCCCUGAUGAGUUGUUUUGCACUCUUCUUUGCUAGGAAUAUUCUAAUUGUGGCUCGUGAACUUGGGACACACACCAAACAUGUUUUUCUUGGGCCAGCUGAGUGUGUUGGGGAAGGGCAGUACUUAGGGCGCAGGGACUGUGAUUCUCUAGGUGCCCCCUUUUGAGCCUCUAGUCUCCAGCCGCAAGAUACGAGAAAAAGAUUAAAAAAGACAAAAAAAUGUUGUUGCCUGUCGAGCGCCGCUCGUCGUACACGGGAGCACACACAACACACACAAAAGUGAGAACAAGGGGCGUGCCAGAGGCUGGCCACGAGGCCCACCACCAACCACACCCUUUUUUUUUCUUUGUCUACAAAGCGAGGGGUCAGGGAGAAAAAUGAAUUAAGCUGCUGCAAACCAUUAUUUUUUUUAUUGUUGUAAACUGUUGUAUCACUGCUAGAGACACUUAAUAAAAUGGAAUAAAGAAAAAAAGGGAAAAAAAAAACAUCCAACUCUCUGCAGCAAAGCUGCUGAAA